CGCCUCAACAUUCCGCUCUUAGAAGAGCAAACCACCCCGCACCGCCAUCAACGACUACAUAAAGACGCAGUGUGUUCCACAUUCAUCGAGACUCCAUCACUAGCAUUCAUCGUUCAGCCCGCUCAACCACAUCGUCAAAAAUGGCAGACCGACUCGUCACCGAGAUUCCUAGCAACGUCGACGUCCUGGCUCAGCCAGUCAAGUUCGCCAACUCGGGCCUCGUCGCCCCCAACCGCUUCCUUAAGGCAGCAAUGACCGAGAGGCUCUCGUCGUAUGAUCAGGACGAGCCGACGAAGAGGGGCAUCCCGUCUGACGCCCUCAUUCACCUUUACGAAGAGUGGGGCAAGGGAGAAUUCGGUGUGAUCCUCUCGGGCAACACCUUCGGGCAAUAUGAGCAUUUGGAAGCCCAAGGGAAUCCCAUCAUGCGUGGCAACGAGCCAGAGCGCUUCGAGGCCUUCAAGAAGAUGGCUGCGGCCGCCAAGGCUCACGGCUCCAAGUACAUCGUCCAGCUUUCCCACGGUGGCCGUCAGACCCCGGCCAACAUCACCCAGAACCCUGUCUCUGCCUCUGAUAUCCAGCUUACCAAGAUGGGCGGCCAGGACGUGACGGGCAACUUUGGCAAGCCUCGCGCUCUGACCAUCGACGGUAUCAAGGAAGUCGUCGAUGACUUUGCUAACGCCGCCAAAUACGCCUACGACACGGGCGCCGACGGUAUCCAGGUGCACGGAGCACACGGCUACCUCAUUGCACAGUUCCUCAGCACGACGACCAACCAGCGUACGGAUCAGUACGGUGGCUCCCUCGAAAACCGCUCGCGUAUCGUCAUCGAGAUCCUCGAUGCCAUCCGUGCAAAGGUCAACGACCCCAAGUUCCUCCUCGGCAUCAAGCUCAACUCUGUCGAAUUCCAGGCUGGCGGUUUCACCACGGAAGAUUGCCGUCAGCUCUGCGCCAACCUCGAAGCGCACGGCGUUGACUUCAUCGAGCUCAGCGGCGGUACCUACGAGGAGCUCGCCUUUAGCCCCACCAAGACGCAGAAGCGCGAGUCGACAAAGAAGCGCGAGGGCUACUUUGUCGAGUUCGCCGACGAGGUUCGUGCAGGCAUCAAGCAGGCACAAAUUUACGUCACUGGCGGUUUCCGUACUGCGAAGGGUAUGGCAGACGCCGUCGAGUCGAGCUCGUGCGUAGGCGUCGGGCUGGCAAGGCCCGUAUGCUCGGAGGUGGACCUGCCAAAGAAGAUCCUGGCCAAGCAGGUGGCCUCAGCUAGGAAGAGCUUGAUCCCCGAGGACCAAUUCCUCGUAGCUAACCAGGUUUGCUGCUACCAGCUGAAGCAGGUCGGUGAGGGCAAGAGGCCCGUCGACUGGAACAACGAGGCGGAGCUCAACCCCGUCCUCAAGGAGCUCGGUCUUGCCGCAUAGAUAUUGAUAGACACCCGUACGACCAUUGUCAGGCCAGUAUUUCUUCCCUCUAAUGUCAAAUUGCAAAAUAGAUUGCAACUGUCGAAGCCCCAUCAGG